GGACCGUUGUCACGAUCCGAUUUGUAAAAAAAUCAUUGGAAUCUUGAUAUGACAUUUAUGGGUGCAGCAAGUAGCUCAUUGCUCCAUUGGCGCGCGAGCGCCGCAUGGUGGUGACCAUCAUUCUCGGGAUUCCCAAUGAAUUAUUCCAACCUCUAGAUAUAUACUACAAAAUGCAAGGUCUGCAUUGGAACAACGUUCGCAUGACUCACACUGCUGUUUGCAGCUCCUCUUAAAUCAAGCCACAAGCGCUGAUACCAGACGAGAGGUCCUGUUUCUGAGUUACGUUUGGCAUAAAACCUGCUUCGACAACACACGAUGGGAAGAACACUUACAUAUCCGAAGCGAGAUGCGAACACGGUGAACAGGUACAAGCAUCGAGCAACGUAUGACCUCGGCGCUAUUCACUCUAUCAUCAACUCAAGUCAAGUGCUCCAUGUGUCGUUCAGUCCAGGGCUUCCGGAUCCUUUUCCUGCCAUACUGCCCAUGAUCGGUAAGAUGGGCUCAUUUGACUAUCCAUCGGCUGGACUUGAUGAGCCUCUAGACUGCUAUCUACAUGGAUAUGUCAGUUCACGGAUCAUGAAUCUAGCGAGAAAACCGGAAGGAGACGGAUUGCCUGUCUGCAUCGCUGCGAGUAGGGUAGACGGAUUAAUCCUGUCUCUUACACCGAAUUCGCAUAGCUACAACUACCGCUCCGCUAUCCUUCACGGCUAUGCUAGGCCGGUCACGGACGAAGCAGAAAAACUCUGGGCGAUGAAACUCAUUACGAAUUCGGUGUUGCCGCAUCGCUGGGACCAUACCCGAGUACCCCCAGACAAUGCCGAGAUGUCUUCCACCGUCAUUCUUAAAGUCAAGAUUGUCGACGGCAGUGGCAAGAUUCGAGAUGGCGGUGUCUCUGACGAGAGAAAGGACAAGAGCAACAACGAUGUGACCAAUAGGGUCUGGACGGGCGUUGUGCCUGUCUAUGAGGCGUUUGGAGACCCUGUUCCGAGCCCGGAGAACAAGGUCUCUGAAGUACCAGAGUACAUCACCUCAUUCAUUGCCGAUAUGAACAAGCACAAUCGGGAUUAUGCUGUGACAGCAGUCAAUGUUGGGCUUCCGACGGAGGAACAACAUUGAAUCCUGUCAAAUUGCUCAUCACUCUCAGAUAGCGAGCGUACGACUCUUCAAGUACACUGACUGUGUCACCUACCUUAGUAACAAAAAAAUUUACUGUUCUGAUCGUAUGUUCUUCUGAGUAUCU